CCCAGACCUCACUCACUUUCCAAUAUGGCGGUUUUUUCUAAACGAGGAGUGAGAAAAUUUUCAUUCUUAUUUGCUCGAAAAAUAAUACCUACUUUUGCCUGUAUAUAGGGCAAUAGGUCGCAUAUUCUAAGAAGAAAGCUUUCUAAUGAAUUUUUUUAUACUAAAACUUGUUGAACGCGAUAAAAAUGGCUGAAAAUGGGAUGAAAUUGAGUAGCAUAUCGUACAAAAAUAUGAAGAUUCUGGCACCUAUGGUUCGUGUAGGAUGCCUGCCAAUGAGAUUACUUGCUUUGAAAUAUGGAGCUGACCUUGUCUAUUGUGAGGUAUGUUUGUUAAACAGUGAUUAAUACACAGUAUUACGGUUAAAGUAGAUUGCCUACUGCAAACGUUAAUAUACAUGAAUCAUGAUCCAUGUAGACAGUAGACCAUUGAAAUGAAUAUUUAUACCUGGAACACUACUUUCAGAUAAACUGCCUAUCUUUCUCUUGAAGCCAAAAUCUGACACCCCCCCAGACAUGCGUAUUUAUAUCAUGAUUGACUGAUUGAGCACUCUUCGCAUGCGUGAGAAGACUGGGACUGGCCUUCAAGUUUGGUUUCAAAUUUCCGCAUGGAGGUAUAUAGCGUUCCAGUUGUAGUUUCAAUAUCUGAAGAAUAUCUCUCGUUUUAAUUCCAACAGGAAAUUAUUGAUCACAGAUUUCUGAGAUGCUCAAGAGUGGAGAAUGGUUGGUUUCAUAAACAUAGAUUUCACUAGAUUUGUAAUGUUUAGCCAGUUUGAUUUGAGUCAUUUGACACUUUACACCUACUGAUGUGGCCCGGUUAGGGCAGGUAUGCAUGUUGCUUGUCUGAUUUUCAAAACAAGUAAUGUUACUGCUUGGAAACAUUGCUGUGUCACUUUCGGGAUUUUGUUAUUGCUUUCCAACUUUUCCAUGUCACUAUCACAAUUUAGACAAAGAUGUGUCCAAUGUCACUAUUUUAGUUUCUAUUUGUUGCCAUUUCAAGGCAAUGUCAUCUCUUGGAAUUUACCCUAACAGGGCCUCAUUAAUCGCUUAUAAGCAUUAGUGAUUAAACCUCUGUUGUCUGUGCUUUACAAUAAGCCUCCCUCAUGUUUUCUAGCUGUCUUACAAAGUGUUGAUUAUGUACAUCCAGAUGGCAAUGUUGUGUUUCGAACUUGUAGCAAGGAAACAGACAAACUUGUUUUUCAAAUGGUAAUUAUGAACUAAAGUGUUUUUUUUUUAAACUGUUCAAAGGAACAUCUAAGGUCUUGUUAAACUUGAUUAUUAUAUUUGUUUUAGGGAACGUCUGAUCCAGAGAGAGCCCUACAGACUGCUAAGAUGGUGUAUGUUCUGUUUUAUGAACUUUUACAAGAUACUGUAUGCAAAAUAUAAAUUAUAUGUCUUUAGACGAAUUUCAUAAUACAAAUGGGUUUGUCAAUGCCAGUCAUACAAAUGAGGCCAAGAAGGCUUAUUAUGAUGCAUAUUUAAGAAUAUUCAAACCACUGAUCUAAUAGUAUUAGAUCAGUGAUUCGAACCCAUUUGUAUUAUGAAAGUGGUCUACUUGUCGAAUGUUGCAUUGCAAAACAAUCUUUUUCAUUCAAUUUCUAGAGAACAAGACGUCUCUGCUGUUGAUGUCAACAUGGGCUGUCCUAAAGAUUAUUCCAUCAAGGUUGGAACCAUGCCGUAAAAUUUGCUACUUCAAAAAUCGCAGCUAGUGGUUGGUUUUUGUAGGCUAAUAUAUCACUAAGAGUUUGUAUUUUUGUUUUUAGGGAGGGAUGGGUGCUGCUCUACUGAAAGAUCCGGAAAAAGUUAAAAAUGUGAGUCCUGUCAUGCUGUUGCUUUUUCAACAUUAAAUUUCUGUUCUUAUAUUCAAAAUUUGACUUUCAAGUACUGUUUAAUAAACGAGUAGGAGUGUUUUAUCACAUAUAAAACACGACGCGUAGCGGAGUGUUUUGUAUGUGAUAAAACACAAACUACAAGUUAUUAAACAGCUUCAAAAAUGUCUCAGUUAGAUCACGGCAUUGGCGAAAUAAUUUUCCAAAAUAAUUUUAUAUUAGCUGAGAAAAUACAAGUUGAAAUUUGAAGCGUUUUUUAUCACAUAUAAAGACACGCCACGCUUAUGAUUUCUCUUUGUGUUUUCCUCAUGAAUUAUUAAUGAGUUUUUGAAACAGUGUUAAAGUUUUAUUUUGUGUUAUGUUGUAUUCCAGAUUCUUACAGCUCUAGUUGAAGGUGUCUCUAUACCUGUCACAUGUAAAAUAAGAAUUUUACCAACGGUAAGUGGAGUUAAACCAAAACUCUCCCUUCAUAGGUAUAAUCUAGUAAAAUCUCUAUCGUGACUGUUUGAAACUUGAAAGAGACAGUUAAUUAAAAUAAUGUGCAUUCAACUUACAGAUCUUGAAAGAUCAAAGCUUGUUACAACAUUUUAAGGAGAACUGUGCUAUUUAUUCAGCUAUUAAAUAUGAAUUAUUCUAACUUGUUAGAUUGAAGAGACUCUCCAUUUAGUUCGAGUGAUUGAAGGUACAAAAGUGUCAGCUCUUGCUGUCCAUGGCAGGUAAGAUAGAUUCUGGUAUGGAUUAUGGUGCAUUAUAGCCAGGACUUCCAUUAGUAAGUCAGUUCGUCAGUCAGUCAGUCUGAUCAGAGCUAUUGCACAAAAACAAAGUUUGUCAACAGUGAUAGAUUCAUUUUUGUGCACCAAUCUCACAAUUGGGAAUCGACCAUUUGACUCCCAAGGUCACACAAGUGCAGACCACUAGCAGACCCCUAAAAACGCGAUUUAGUUUAAAUACUCAACACAUUUUAGUUUAAUUUUAAGAUGUUCUCAGCUGAAACAUUUCUCAUGUUUCUUCAACAGAGAGCAACACGAGCGACCAAGACAUCCAGUGCAUAAAGAUGUGAUCCGUAGAAUAGCAGAGGAGUUGAGCAUUCCAGUCAUUUGUAAUGGUGGAUCAACGGACAUAAAAAAUUAUCAAGAUAUGGAGCGAUAUCAAGAAGAGACUGGUACCGACUCUGUGAUGGUUGCUCGAGCUGCGCAGUGGAAUCCUUCGGUGUUCAGGUUUGUCCUGCGUGCUCCUUACUGGAAUAAUACUCAACUCCAUUGAAUGACACGACUGAAGUGUGAAGCCAAAGAUGGGAGAUGUUGGUCGAAUUGUCGUCAAUUCUAGUGCUGGGCCGUAAUAGAGCAACGUAUCGUCCAAUCCCGGAGUAUGCCCGUUCGUAGGUUAGUCAUGCCCAACACCUAACCUGCAAACAGACAUACUCUGGGUACAAGACUGGCAAUGUAUUAGUCUAUUAGAUAAUAUUAAUAAAUAUGAAUUUUCCGCCCAUUUAUAAUUUUAUGAACCAAAUCAAGUUAAAAAUCAAUGAUGAAGUAUUUCUUCACCGUUUAGAAAAGAGGGACCGUUACCUUUAGAGACUGUCAUUAGAGAUUUUAUUCAAUUCGUAAGUGUUUACAAUUAUUGAGCAUGUAGGGGCAUGUGAAAUAAAUAAAUGUAGUUGAUUCAGCAUUAGAAUGAUAUAUUGUGUAUAUUGUAACUCAUUGUAUUCCAUUGUAACUUUUUAAGCUUUUCUUUACAGGCAGUGGAAUACGACAAUACAUUUUCCAACACCAAGUACUGUCUAGCUCAGAUGAUGCAUGGAGUCCUGGAAACGCCUGAAGGAAUAAAACUAAAACAUACUAGAACCAUGAAGGAGUUAUGGUACAUAUUUUAUAAAUAAUGCCCAAUACAUUGUAUAGUCAUAGCGCACAAGCUUCGAGUUCUAUUCAAGGGAAAUAUUUCACAGUGCUAUAUGUUAUAGCCAUUAUUAAGUAGUUAGCCUGCGAGAAGGCUCACUGGCUUUUUAGCGCUGCCCGUAACCCAGGAAGGCCUGCUCGCAGGCUGAGAAGUAGUGCUAGAGCUUCUGCGCAAAAUUAGUAGGUUCACAAACUUUGUCUACCUACUAAUUUUGAGCAGCUCUUUACAGUAGUUGACCCAGUCUCCUCAUCAACUUUGUAGCCAAUAUUUAUGACUAUAUAACUCGCUGUUGAUAUCGUUUGCUUCGUUUUAUUUCCAGUGACAUUUGGGACUUGGGAGAUUACUUAAUGGAAAGCGAAGAAAAACGUCGAUUAAUUGCUGAAAGUUUAAAAAAGGUACAGGACAUUGAAGUAUAAUGCAUUGCGAAUUCAUUGGUACAAUUACAUCAAAUCAUGACAAUUUUAUCCGUUCUACCGUUUUCAGGAAUGUGUUUCAGGCAAGAGAAAGAGGGAAGAUGAUGUCAAUGAAAUGGACGUCACGUAUAACAGGUUUCGUUUUGAAAAAUGUUUUCUGAAUUAUGUUCAAAAGCUAACUUAAGAAGCUUUUGUGAUUAUUUUUUAAACUCUUCGUAGCCGUAUUGUCUCUUCCCGUACGAGUGGUUAAUAGUUUUACUUCUGUAUAUUUUUCAGACAACACUAUGGCAACACCACCCCAAAGUGCAUUCUUUUCGCCUGGACAAAGUAUGUCAUGAAUACACAGUGAAUGUUUAUGAGACGAAUAUCUUUCUGUUUAAUGGACAACUUGCAUGGUAGACUAAAUUUUAAUCUAAGUAAGGGACCGGUCAUUAUUUAUGGUUGGGGGUGGCACCGAAGAGAAAUGUUUUUUGUGGCAAAAAUUUUGCUGACCCAACCAUUAAAAAGCCAAAAAUUUGAUUACCCAACCUCAAAUAUCGAUUAAAAAAUAAAUACCCACCCCUGGCAAAAAAACUUUACAAACGGAUACCAUUCAGUUGUCACACAUGUCCUUUACCACUUCUGUGACAUGAGUUUGAUAACUGCUUGUGCAAUUUUCUGCAGUCUAAAAUUUCAUGUUGUCUGCACAUGUACUUUCUUUUGAGGCACCAUCUGUCUCUCAACAUAUCGGAAUAUUAUCAAGAUAGUGACUCCGAUUGAUUCACAUAUUAUAUUGACAUCUGACUGUUGACAGUGCUUCUUGGUCUCCAAUAUUUCAGUGAGUCAUGCUUUGGAAAUGACAAUAAAUUUUUAUUACCCAACGCUUGAGUUGUUUUCUUUUUCAUUUACCCAACCUUUUACUCGCUCAAAAUUUUGUUUACCCAACCCUUUUCUCUUCGGUGCCACCCCCGCCAUAAAUAAUGACCGACCCCUAAAGAGAAGGGAAUCAAACACAACAGUUAAAAAGAACAUAAUGAAAUUAGUAAAAUUGCAAAAUUUGGUUGCGAAAUGUUGUAAAAUACAGAAAAUAUAGCCUUGCGAAGUUUGCACAUUUUCAGUAUAUUUGUAUUACGUGCGGAAAUUGUUACCAUUUUCGGCUCAAAAAUGGUAACAAUUUCCGCACGUAAUACAAAUAUACUGAAAAUAUGCAAACUUCGCAAGGCUAUAUUUUCUGAGUAUUUUACAACAUUUCGCAACCAAAUUUUGCAAUUUUACUAACGGGAAUUUUCUUUUUUUUGCCUAAAUAAAAAAAUAGUCUAACAUGCAAGUUGUCUAUUGUCAAGCAAAGUAUAUAUUGAAAUAAUUUUCCCAGUUGUAAAAACUUUAUCCUUUUCAUAUUUCAGGAAACAAGGAUUGAAGCAACCUUUUUAUGAUUCGGUGAGCGAAAACCGUAAACCUUAGUACAGUAGGGAGGGCCAAUUUUCAGUACCUUGCCAUGCCGUUGUUGGUAUCCGAAUUACCUGAAAAUCGUAUUCACCAGUGGUGAAUUCCCGGGGGGGGGGGGGUUGGCCUUUUUUGUGUUCAUUGAUACAUAAUAAAGUACUUAUUGACUGGGACUUUCCUCGGUCCCAGUCAAUAAGUGUUAUCGGUAAGCUGUAGAGCCCAAGCCCCAGCGCGGUCGGCCGCUGCCAAAAAGCGCGCGAAAUUUCAAAAGCCGAAACAAAAUUUGCACGUGGUAUAAGAUUCGCUUCAUUAAAGAAAGAUUAACUGUUCAAAUUAUGGUCAGAAAAAGACUGUGACAGCAUCAGAAAGGUAACAAAAUAAUGCAAAACUAUCUUCAACGAGUAUUUAUUAUUUCCUCUAUGCAGUCUUAGCUUUUUGUUGACAUUCUUUGUGUUCGCUUCGACAUGCAGAUAACAUAUUGACCUCGGUCUGAGUAAUUCUUGAUAAUUCUUGAUACCAUACUGAGCUUCACCAAACGAUUGUUUAUUAUUAUUCAAGGUUGAAAAUGAAGAACGUGUAUUUACAAGUGUGGUCAGUGUCAAUGGGGCAAAAUAUACGUCAACUUCUGGGUAAGAACUGAGACUGAGUAUCGUAUUACAUGUAUUAAACAGGGUUCGUACAUGUCAGGAAGAGUCAAAUUCAAGGACUUUUCAAGGACAUUCAAGGCCAUGUAUCAGCAAAUUCAAGGUCCCAAGGACUAAAUACUGAAGAGAAGGCGUUAGAAAUCAGCAAAAUAUGACGUUGAAUUGUUCAAAACGUAACUUUAUAAUGAGGUCAGAUAUGAACAUGCAAAAUCAGUUCAACAAAAUGUCCGUCUUGAAUGUCAAACAAUUUCAGAAAAUAUCCAAAAACUAAAGCAAGAAGAAUUCAAGGACAUUCAAGUACUUCUUUACAAAUUCAAGGACAUUCAAGGCCUUGAAUUUUUGUUUUCAAAUUCAAGGACAUUCAAGGACUUGCAUAGCCUGCGUGGCAGGCCCUCAGUUUUAUGGGGGGCCUGAUUUGCAACGGGCAGGACUCUGGCAGAAUCCUGCCCGUUGCAAAUCAGCCCCCAUAAAACUGAGGGCCUGCCACGCAGGCUAGGACUUUCAAGUUUUGUACGAACCCUAAAGCCCCGUACAGACGAGCUAGUUUUCCUUGACAAGUUUACUUUCUCAGCUUGUGUACGGUCGACAAGUUUUCCUCGAACACAAGUUUUCCUCGAGACUGGCUUAAGAUUGGAGCUGAGCCUUUUAACUGACAUUUAAUCAAUUUCUAAUUUUAUGGUUUUAGGGAAAAAAGUAAGAAAUCCGCGGAACAACUUGCUGCUUUGGUUUGUCUAAAAUACUUGGGCAUAGAUGACAUGAAAAUAAGAAGUUGAAAAAAUAUACCCUCAACAUAUGAGCUGGUCGCGAAUUUUUGUUUCUUAUAUUUGAAUUCCAUAAUUAUUCAAAUACGCUUGUUGUGUUAUGCAUCUAAACAACCUCGUAUCCAGGGCUCUUUAUUCUAAAGGAAUUGAUGCAGGAACAUGGUUUAUGACAUAUCAGAUUAAAUGGUACACAAUUGCUUUUUCAAAAACAAUUAUUUAUUUAUUGAACAUGAUACAACAAUUCACAAAUUUUAUAUUUCAAACAUAUAGAUAUCACACUGCACUUUGUCAAAUUAACGUUAUAGUGUUAACGAUACGAGUAACCACCUUGGCAAACUAGAAAAAAUGUUGUAGAAAUAUUGUUUUAGGGCCAGUAGCCAUAUUGGCAUAUGUCCCGAAUGUGAGCAAAACCAGGAAAGAUUGUUUCCCCAACAAAAUGUUAUUUGUUUGGAGAUAUUUCGCGUCCUGCGAAGGGAUAUAUAUUUCAAACCUUUCCUCAACAUUCUUUCCUAUACUUGGACCAAAGCUUUGUUUAAACUGACGUAAAAACUGGUAGUAAACAAAUUUAAAACAACACUACAACUGUGCCUAACCGACCCUGGAGCACUUUACAUAUUUUCAUGAGCAAUUUUGUUUAACAGUUCGUAUUUCUCGGCGGCAGGGAAAAAUUUCUUCUUGAAGAAAACACUGAUUUUCAGACACCACAAACUAAAAUCAUCUUCGAAAAUAACUGGGUCACUUUUCUCUUGUUCAUCUCCAUUUUUCUUGUCACAUGGUGGUGGAGCUGUCUGGCUGUGGUCCGUAUCU